GGGUAUCGGACGAGCCUACCAAUAAUAAUUAAAUCCGAAUUCCAGCGACCGCUCCGCCAUUUCCAUGUUCGUCCCUUCUUCCCUCGAUCGGUUGCUGCACCAUCUCUCCUCCCAUCCCCAUUUCUCUCUCCUCCAUCGAUUCAUCCUCCCGCCUUGGCAACGCUCCUUCGAUUCAGCGUCCCUCGAUCUCUUCUGCGGAGUCGCAGGCCGGUGGGGAGGCUUCGUUUCCGCUUGAUUUAUACCCGGAGCUCGUCAAUUUUUGGGGGAAAAAUUGGAUUAGGGUUUGCCUUUUCGACGUGCGGUGGUUGCUGUUGGGCUUGAUCGAUCGAUCUCGAUCGAUCGAUUUGGUUGGCCGGCCGGUUGGCUGGUUGACUGGUUGGCUUGUUGGCCGAUUGGCUGGUUUUUUCCCCCAAUUUCUUCGAGAUAUGGGGUUGAAGGGCAGCGCCGGCGACGACGACUUGGCGGUCGACGACGGCGAAGGCGGAGGCAGGUCGGUGCCGUGCUCCAUUUGCCUCGAGGUCGUCACCGACAAUGGGGAUCGGGCGUGGGCCAAGCUCCAAUGCGGUCAUCAGUUUCAUUUAGAUUGCAUUGGUUCUGCAUUCAAUUGCAAGGGUGCGAUGCAGUGCCCAAACUGCCGCAAGACUGAGAAGGGACAAUGGCUUUAUGCUACUGGUUGCCGUUCACUUCCUGAGUUUAGCUUGGAUGAAUGGGCCCAUGAGGAGGAUCUAUAUGACUUGAGUUAUUCUGAGAUGGUUGGUUGCAGGCCAAUCAUUUCCACAUUUAGGAUAGAGCUGAGCCCAACUCCACCCUGCAUAGUUGCACUGAAAACAGAGAUGUUCGGCACUUUCAUCUUCAAGGAUGCACAGGCCACAGAGUCACGGUGUUGAGGCCACGUUUUGGUUUUGGUUCCAGCUAGUCCUUUUAUACCCGGACCAGAUGACCGGUUCAUUUGGUUGAGCUGGGAGCUCUCUGGCCAUGCUUUCAAGUUAUUUGUCUUAAUCGCCUGUGGUUAAAACAGUGAAUGAAUUUUAUUGGCUGCCGGUUCACUUGGUGGAUGGGCAAAUUGGACUGGCCUCCAACCUUGAGAUAGCUGAGUUUGACAAAAGUGAGUAUUGGACUAGAUAUGAGGAGCUUUGUUCUGGUGCUUUACCAUAUGGGCUUGAGGCUACUUUAGUAGGGAAGUGGGUCUUUCUUCGCUCAUUCAGCUGAUGUCAUGAUAUCGCAAAACAAUUUGCAAUAUUGGAGUGAGUUUCAAAAACUGUAAUGUUGGGAUCACAUUCACACUACUUUGCCUUAUGAAUGAGUGUGCUUAAUGUGUCCAUUGGUUUAAGGACAGGCCUGCAUAUUGAAUGGUGGAGGCUUUUGCUCCCACUCACUUUUCUGAUAUUUAAAGAUAGUCAAAGGUUCCUAAGUUGUCCUUGAUUUUUUGACCUAAAAGGAAUAAAUUUUGUUAAAUUAAGUUUCCUAGAAGAUGCAAAUUGAAGCCAAUAUUUAAAUUUGUCAUUUCAAUUUGCCCCAGCAAACCGAUAGAACUUUUUAACAAAUUGAAGCCAAUAUUUAAAAUUUUCAUUUCAAUUUGCCCCUGCAAACCGAUAGUACUUUUUAACAAAUUGGCUUUUGCCAGGGAUUUUAAGUGUGAGAACAUUACUUUUCUUUGGAUUACUUAUAUUACCUGAGACAAAUACACUUGGUUUAUUUGUAGUGUGUGACAACAUUACUUUUCUUUGGCUCAUGGUGACAACACUGCUCAUCACUUGAGACAUACACAAUUGAUAUAUUUGUAUUAUUUUGGUCAAAUUAUCCCCCACUGAGAAACUUUUUGUAUCUGUCCUCUGCAUGGGUCACAGAUGUUAUAUUAAUCUUUUUUCUAGAUAAUGAUUCAAGUUUGGUUGAACCACCAGCUGGACUUCAGUGGUUCUUUGAUAUGCCCGCGUCUGAGAACACUUGUUUCCUUUGGUGGCCAUACAUAGUGGAAAGAAGUUUUGCUGGGAUUGUAGGUUUUUUCAAUUGUUCAAGUAUCCUAUCCCUAAUGACUGGAGUUUGGUUCUGGCCAGGGCUAAAUUGGGAAAAAUCUUCUCUUUUGGGCUUGCACUGUUAGGG